AUGGCUUCCACCGCCGUGCCCAGUGCCGAGCUGGCCCCGGCACCGGCCCCGCCGACAGAGGAGAUGGCAGCCCUGAAGACGCCCAGUCAGGACGACGCGGCUGGCGAAUUGCCACCUCACCGAUCACACGAUCCUGCCAAGAACCUGAAGCGGAGCGAUCCCUUCCAGUUCGGGAGCCGUUUUCUCUCAAAGGAAGACGACGUGUUCGAGUUCAAUGCCUGGGAUCAUGUCGAGACUGACGACGCGUACAAGGAGUACACGGAACGUCAGCUCGAGAUGCAGCGCCAGGCUCCCGUUUCUGACUUUGACAAGAACAGGUUUAACUCGAACCCCGCAAAGUGGUGGAACCUUUUCUACAAGAACAAUGCGUCCAACUUUUUCAAGGACCGCAAGUGGCUGCAGCAGGAGUUCCCGAUCCUUGCCGACGUGACCAAGGAAGACGCUGGGCCAGUGACAGUGUUGGAGAUUGGCGCCGGCGCGGGUAACACGGCGUUCCCUGUGCUGGCCAACAACAAGAAUCCGCAACUCAAGAUCCACGCUUGCGACUUUUCCAAGACGGCUGUGGACGUCAUGCGCAACCACGAGGCGUACAACACGGCGCACAUCCAGGCGGAUGUGUGGGACGUCUCCGGGGAUGACCUUCCUCCAGGGUUGGAGGAAGGCUCCGUAGACGUCGCCGUCAUGGUGUUCAUCUUCUCUGCGCUGUCGCCGACGGAGUGGGCACAGGCGGUCCGGAACGUGCACAGGGUACUGAAGCCAGGGGGCCUGGUCUGCUUCCGAGACUAUGGAAGAGGUGACCUGGCCCAAGUGCGGUUCCGAAAGGGACGGUACCUGGAGGAGAACUUUUACAUCCGCGGAGACGGGACCCGCGUCUACUUUUUUGACCGGGACGAGCUGUCCAAUAUAUGGUCUGGGGAAAGCUCCUCGGAGGUAGACGCGCCCAAGUUCGACGUCGAGAACCUGGGCAUCGACCGGCGGCUGCUUGUCAACCGAGCCGAGAAGAUUAAGAUGUACCGGUGCUGGUUACAAGGAAGAUUUAGAAAGAUUUAG